AGGCGGUGCGUGAUGACGUUUCGUAUUCUGGCGGGUAUUUGGUGUGUGAAGUGGACCGGGCAGAAACGUAUUAAUUAGUGAAUUAAAGCCGGUUUUGUGAGUUGUUGUCGCAGUGUGAGAGGGAAGCAGCGGCGGGGACAGCAUGUCCCCAGCGGGGAGAUGGACUGGGACCAACUGGAGCUCAACCCCAGGAUCAUAGCAUCCGUUAGGAGAGUGAAACUGAAGUCCGUGCGCGAGGCGUUGUGUGUUUCCGGUCCAGACCUGCAGAGACUCACCGGUCUGUCCCGCUCAGACGUCCAGCAGCUGCAGAGCGCCGCUGCUACGGCCUGCAGACGCCGCCCCCCCACCCCAGCCGUCCUACUGCAGCGUGGAGAGUGCGGCCUCAGACUGAGCGUGGGCUGUCCCGUCCUAGACGAGCUGCUGCGGGGGGGUCUGCCUGUGGGGGGCGUCACUGAGCUGUGUGGAGAGAGCGGAGCGGGGAAGACUCAGCUGGCUCUGCAGCUCUGCCUGUCGGUCCAGUACCCAGCACAGUACGGAGGGCUGGACUCAGGAGCGGUGUAUAUCUGCACGGAGGACUCGUUCCCUAUCCGGCGCCUGCAGCAGCUGAUCCUGGGUCAGUCUUCUCUGCGUCCUGACGUCCCGCUGGAUCUGAUCAGCCGCCGGGGCUUCAGCGACCACGUCUACGUGGAGCACGCCGCUGACCUGGGCGCCCUGCAGGUGUGUCUGUCUCGCCGCGUCCCGCUGCUGCUGGCUCGCCGUCACGUACGCCUCCUGGUGGUGGACUCGGUGGCCGCGCUGUUCAGGUCGGAGUUCCUGGCUUCUGAUUGGCUAGAGAGGAGCAAACAGCUGAUCAGCUUCUCACACACACUGCACACGCUGAGCCUGGAGUUCAACACACCUGUUCUCUGUAUCAACCAGGUGACGGAUGUUUUCGGCUCUGAUGACAGUUUGGGGCCUGUGUCUGGCGCCGUGUCCCCGGCUCUGGGGCUGGCCUGGGCCAAUCAGGUGAUGGUUCGGCUGAUGAUGCGGCGUCUCCAGGGGACGGUUGCCCGGGGCGACCAGAGCAGCGCCCUCCGCAGGCUGGAGGUGGCGUUCGCUCCACAUCUGGCCCGGGACGGGCGAAAUGCCGCCGUCUGGAGGGAAGGCGUCCUAGGAGUGGACGGCUCAGACAGAUGUGUUAUAACACAGACAGAUGUGUUAUAACACACAGAGGGAUGUGUUAUAACAGAUGUGUUAUUUCGUAACUUGUUUUUUACGUUUUUUGUAAUUUUGUUUUUUACGUAUUUCGUAAUUGUUUCCGAUGUCUUUGUCGACUGUUUUCUGCACUUUUUUU